AUGGCAUGUAAAAGGCAGCGCUCAACGGAAAGCGAAGGUUCUUCUGGAAAGAGGCAAAAGCGUAAAGAUGAGGCUGUCCCUCAACAUAAAACUGCUACAAAAAGGACGAAAGCCGAUACUACUAAAAGGCCGGAAGCGUCCACAUUUAAAGCAGCAACAACAACAAAAAAGACGAAAGCCAGUGAUCCAAAAGAACAGGAAGCGUCUACAUCUAAACUAACAAUGGCGGGGAUAGUGGCCAAGCGACGCUUGAUUGUGGCACUUAUCGACCGCAGUGAUCCACAGGGUCAAAUGGUAGAAACUAGGUGGAAAAUAGUGGAAAUGAAGCUAUUAGAUGCUAUGUUCGCCAAAAUGAGCGCGGAACCAGAAGCUCCAAUGCCAUCAUUCGACGGGGCCGGCUGGUUCAACGGAGUGAAAUUACUGAAGUGUAAAGACGACUCUACCCUGAACUGGUUAAGGGAGGCAGCUACAACGCUCCAAGGCCUAUGGGAAGGGGCAUCUUUGGAGGUUGUGGACAGGAAAGAUAUCCCGUCUUUGCCCAAAGCGAAGGUUCUUAUACCUCGAGUGGUGAAGCCAGAGGAUGCUCUUCGUCUCUUACAACGACAGAAUCCGGAUGUGCCAACAAGCGAUUGGAAGGUGUUAAAGGUCCUCAAGCCAGCUAAAGAAGGCGAGGGACAAAACUACAUCCUAUUAAUCAACAAAAUGGCCGAGGACAUUCUGUAUUCACGAUACGGGAAGAUGUCGUGGGGAGUAGGGAGCGUGUACCUUCGCCUCAAAAAACGACACCCAACCGAUAGGAAUUCUAAUACACUCGCUGCGGAGGAAAUCGAGGAGGAUCUCGGUAUUGAAGAAAUCCUAAGCUCGUCCCUCAAUCUUCGCGAAGGAGAGGAACCGGGUGUGAUGAGUGCUGAAACCAACCCCGGGGAAGAAUCGGAAGCUCAUGCUAAAGAUUCUACAAAUAAACCUCCACCGAAGUAA